AUGGCAUCAACUGAACCUUCCAACAACUCCGAAACUGAAGAAGAGACAGAUGCGUUCCACAGGAAAAGGGCACGCCGCGUCAGCUUCGCCGACAAUGAAAUCACCUCCGUCCACAUCUUCCGUCCCGAUGACGACCACUCCACCUCCUCCUCGUCCGACGUCCCUCCCGAAAAUAAAGGUCUCUUCAGCGAACUUGGUGGAGACAGCGACGACGAAGACGCCGAACGCAACCGAAACCCAACUGAGGACGCUGCCGAUCACAUAAACUCUUUCCUGCAACCAAUCGGCUCCCCCUCUCCCGGCGGAAGCAGCACUAACCUCGAAGAUGACGAUACUGAUGAUGAUGAAUUUCGCGGUCCUGUGUCUACUGAUUUCAUCAAACCGGGACGGUUAUCAGACUCAGGUGUCUCAGACGACAUCACCAUGGAUUCAACAGCCUUUUCCAUGCAUUACCGGAGUCUCGCCCGCUCUGAUUCUGGGGAUCUCAAGACGCCGACUAGGUUUGACGGGACCAUGACUACACCUGGUCAGAACAGCGACACUUUGGGUAGUUACAUGGAACUCACUGACGGUAAAAAGAAAGAACCUCAGUCUCCAGUGUUGAGGAGCGGCAGUGGGGACUCAGAUUACAUGAGCAUAGUGGGACAAUCAGAAUCUUAUGAUUAUGGAAGACUCUCCCCUGGGUUGGUUGCAAUUUUGACUUAUGGAAAAAAGGAUUUGGAUGGUGUCUCCCCAUUGGGUUCAAAAGCCACACAUUCACCAAUUGCAAAUGAUACUGGGGUUUUACCCAAUUUGGAAUGUUCAACUAAUUCUCCUGCUCAUCAAAUCACCCAUGAUACUGCAGUUGCUUCUACUUCUGAGUCUUCAACUAAGAACACUAAGGAGUUUGUCACUGAUGCAACUCCGUUAGCUUGUAAACAAUUGGACUCUGCUAAGGCUAAUAGAGGAACCCCACCAAAGAUGGAUGAAGACAGGGGACAAGGAACUGACACUAAUCAUACGUCUGAUCAAGUUACUGAAAGUCAUCCCGUACACGAGUUUACACCAUUGUCACAUUCUGCAAAUAAACUAGUAUCUGUGGGUUCUCCUGAUUCGUUUAGAUGUACUGGAAAUAUAACACCCCCCUUAGAGGAAUCUGGUUUGCCUGUGCCCGAGGUACAUGUCGCAAAUAGUGUGAAUUUGUUGUCCAUACGGAAAAGCAUUUCAAAGUUGAAAACUCCUAAGACUACUCACAACACAUCUACUCUCGAAGAAGGAAUUGACAAAUUGAAACACAGGUUUUCAAAAGACAGGAGACAAGGAACUGACACUAAUCACAAGUCUGAUCAAGUUACUGGAAGUCAUGUACACGAGUUUACACCAUUGUCACAUUCUGCAAACAAACCAGUAUUUAUGGGUUCUCCUGAUUCAUUCAGAUGUACUGGAAAUAUAACUCCCCCCUUAGAGGAAUCUGGUUUGCCUGUGCCCGAGGUACAUGUCGCAAAUAGUGUGACUUUGUCGUCCAUUCGGAAAAGCAUUUCAAAGUUGAAAACUCCUAAGACUACUCCCAACACAUCUACUCUCAAAGAAGGAAUUGACAAAUUGAAACACAAGUUUUCAAAUUACUCUCCAGGGACUUCUUUUUUUAGUGAAAGAGAUUUUGAAAACAAGCAGGUUGGAACCCUUACUCCUCCUUUGGAAGAACAGCCAUAUAGUUUAACUUUGGAGAAUAACAUGCAUCAAAAUUUGAUCACUACUGACGAUCAUGUUGUUGAUUCUUUGAUAAGUAUUAGCAAGUUGAGCCAAAAUACAGAAACUGUGGCCACCAAACAGGAUGAGGAAAAAAAUUGUUUGGUUUCAGCCAAUGUUUCUGACAAUGAUAAAAAUCUCAUGCAUGUGGAUACUGGCGCUUCUCCCUUGGUUAAGACUCGUAUAACAAGAGUGGCAGAUUUUGACAUGGCUAAUGGCACAGCUGAAAAAAGAAAAGAUGAAAUUCUAACUGCUACGCAUGCCAAACCUUUUUCUUCCCCUGUAAAAUCAUUUGACCAUGCUUUGUCUCCAUCUGUAGAAUGUCAAAGUGAUCGCCAUGGCGAGUUCAAGCAAAUGGAAAUGCAGAAUGAAUAUCUUAGUAGUGGUUUAGGACAAACCAUUGAAUACGACAGAUGGACUGUGGCCAAAAAAUUGGAUUUGUCUGAUGUUGGAAACAGUGAUGAGCCUAGCUCACCUUUUGAGGAUGCACAGGGGGCAUUAAAGGGAAAACCGGCCAAGAGUCCUAAAAGAUUUCUUGAUCUAAGCAGCCCUAUUAAAGCAGCUCAGAGUCUUACCGAAACUGGUAUCGAGGUUUCUUCUUGGGGAAAAAGGGAAGGUGCCGAGAUAUUCAGUAAUGGAGACGAUAGACAAAAAGGAAAGGUUUCUUCCUUCUAUGCUAUCCAAGAAGCAACAACUGUGCUGUCCUCCCUGCAAAAGCCUCCCAGGGAUAUCCAAGAUCUGUCUCAGAGGUAUAAUUCUGAUGGACAUGGUGUUGGUUUUAUUAACAACCACCAUCCGGCAUUCCAAGUUUCCCAGAGUCCUCUUACAAAAACUGGUAUUGAGGUUUCUGGGAAAAAGAGGAAGGGUGUCACAGUAUUAAGUGAUGGAGACAAUAUAGAUAAGAUAGGGAGGAUAGACAGAAGUCCAGAGGUUCAUAAGCGUGGGAAUGGAGACCUACCAUUUGUUUUGGAGCAAACAAGUUAUAUGAGAAGUGAAAGAGAAAAGUUUGGAGAUCAGGAGUGGAAUGAUUGGGACCAUAUUCUAAAAAGAUUCUCAACCAGCACAAAACAGUUGCUUUCUCCGUCGUUUGAUAAGCUAAAUUUGAGAUCGAUUGGCAGGCUGGAGGAUAUUUUGGUUAAUCUGCAGAAAGUUAAGAAAUGGGAUAUUCUUUCUUCUGAAAUUCAAUCUCAGAAAUUUGCAGAUCCUCAAGAUACCCGACACAAAAGAGUUGUGGAAGUGAAAAUGUUGCUUUUUAAUAUUGCAUAUGAGAAGACCAAGCUACAAUUAAUGAAUGUCAAGCGUGACAGAUUACUGAAAAAGGCACAACAGCUGAGUUCUGGGCUUCAAGAGGCUCAGAUUAUAAAAAAUUCAAUGCUAUGUUCCGCUAAGAGUGGACCGGUUGACAUUCAAGCUGAUGAUAGUCAUAUCAAUGCAAGAAUUUUUAAUUCCCAAGGAAAAUGUCAGGUUUCUUGCAAUAAAGGGAUGGAAGUGAGGCAGGAGCUUGAAAGUUUGAAUCAGAAAGCAAAAUCUUUAAGUGAAUUCUUUUAUAGUCACUGCAAGAUGGAAGGGGAUCAAAGCUGUACUAACAUCCUCAAAUCUGUUCCUGAUUAUUUGGAAAAGAGAAUGUCUUAUAAGUUGGUUUUCCAGAAAUUGAAGUUGUGGGAUAUUGAAGAUUUUGAGCGUAAGGAUGAUUAUCACCUAAUAACUCUCAACUAUCGCGGAUAUAUCAUCCAAAGGUUCACAGUAAAUGCUGGUCUAUCAAGCAUUAUAGUAUCAAAUAGCUUGAAUGAUGUGAAUAUUGGAAAGACCUAUCCAAAUAUGGAUGCUUUCUCUGCAUUUCUAUUUGCUUUAAAUCCAAUUACCACUAGCAAAUGCACAGGUCAAAUCAGUAUGGCACAAGAAACACAAAUAACGGGUUCACUUUUAAGUAAUUUGCUAGAUGUGGUUGAGGAGGUUCAGUUAGCUCGGAUAGAGAUUGGAAAUUUGGUCGAGGCUAAGUUCAAUUCUCAGUCAGUUCAUCAACUUGAUUUGCAGCUAUCUUUCAUUGACUUCCUUGGUGGGAAGAAGGUGCAAGUGAUUCUUGAUAUGACAUGCUUAAAAUGCGGGGCCUAUCCUGCAGAGGUUCUUCCAUCACAAAUAUACGAUUCUACAGCUAAUCGGGACCAAAAGGCUCUUCUAUCGUUGCUUGUCAAUGAAAUAAGAACUGCAGCUGAGAGUGUGAGUGCCGGGUAUUCAAGAAUCAUUCGGCUUUGUAGGUGUAUUUCCCAAGUAGUUCGGGGUUGCACCCGAGGCAUAUGA